AUGGCUCCAACAAGAACAAGCAAAGAAGUCAAAGGGGACGUGCCUUACGACGGCAAGAUCAUUAUCUACAUCAUCAAGGCUGACAAGACGAGUUACAUUAACUACAUGAAACCCCUUAUCCUCUUGGAGGAGCUGAAGACUGACUACACUAUCUCGGUGAUCGACACCAAGACGCAAUGGUACUACGAAGUGCACCCGGAGCGGUAUGUGCCGGCUUUGAAGGACUGGUGUGAUGUCACGGAGAAAGAAGUUACGGUGUUCGAAAGCACGGCUUGCUUGCAGUAUCUUGCUGAUCGGUACGACCGGGGUGGUAUUUGGAAUGGGAGGACGCCAGCUGAGAAAGCGGCUGUGCUCUCUUGGACAGCAUAUCAAACUGCUGGGCUUGGACCAACAGCGAAAUAUUGGCUUUACUUCUUGAUGGGCUACCCCGACCGUCAAAAUCCCGAAAGUUUACCAAAGACGGUAAAGAAACUCCAUCAAAACUGUGUCAGACAGUGGCAGAUCAUCGAGCGAAGACUCAGUCUCCCGAGACAGGAUUAUAUCGCUCUUCCCGACCGGCCAUCGAUUGCGGAUAUAUCGUAUUUUCCGUUUACGAUGCCGUGGAUGUUCGAAUUCUUGAGUGUGGACAUCAAAGAAUACCCAAGUAUUCGGUGCUGGGGGGAGAGGAUGGCAUCCCGGCCGGCGGUGAAAGCCGUCCUAGAUAGGGGGCCUACUUAUGGCCAUAGCCUGGAACAAGACUGACAUGUUGCCAUUGACGCAGGAGGAUGGUGUCAGAAAAAACGACGCCGUUAAUACCGUGUGCAGUAUUAACGACUAUAUUGCGAGGGGUAGGCUUUCACAUCGCUAUGAAAAAGAUGAAACUUGGAGUAGAAUUCAUUCAGAACAGUAGUAACUACCGGGAUUGUGUCAACUAUACUCCAUAUCAGAGUUGGCAUGAGCUGACACUAGAGACGAUCAUCCCCGAAGCCGGGCGGUGGGCGGUUUCGGCUUCCGGUCGGAACGCAUUCCACUUCGGGUCUUGAGAACGGGGUGCACCUCGCUUGGGGUAGUUCUGGGCGAUAGCAACAACAAAAGAAAGUGACUUUUUUCUCAGUCAGUGACUGUUUGAUAUCAUUUGGCGAGCUUCGCACCAUUUUCCCGAAUUUGUACCACCACUUGUUGACAAUGUACCAGUCACCGUACUCGAUCUUAGCACUCUGCAUCCUGAUUCUAUGUUUAUAUCGUGGCGUUCGACGAUACACACUUCAAAUAUUGAACAAUUUGUUGUCGUGGAUCAUCAAUGUAUUCUUUUUAAUCC